AAUCGUCGACUCACUCAGCUGCACCACUCUCCAAUCUCCAUAAUCGUCCUUCCUCUUCGAUAUCGUCGCUUCAAUAAUUACGAAUAAGGACUACAGAAGAAACUUCCAUUCACAAACUCAACCCAAUCUAUUUACCCAAGUCAACGUCGUCCAGAUCUCCAAGCACAAUUCUCUCCCCAUAAUCCAAAGACCCGAAAUCCCUUACUGGGUUUUACUCUUCUCCCGCGAAUCCCAAAUGGGUCGCAAGCAAAAUGACUCAGAGCCUGCCCAUUACACCUCUCUGAUCCUCCUCUCGGUGGUCCUGAUUUCCUGUGCUGUGGUCUACACAUUCCUCUCCGUAGUGCUCAGACCAGGUCGCACCUCCUCUGUUUCUGAAUUUGAGUCUUUGGGGUUGGGUCAAGAGGGUGGUGGGGUGGAGGGAGAGAGUGUAGGGUGUUGUAGAGGAAUUGAGAAUUUGGAGCUUUGGGGGAAUGCUGUGAAGUGGGGUUCGGAGUUCAAGUUCAAUUCCUCUGAGCAGUGUUGCAAGGCUUGUAAGGCCAUGUGUAGUGGCAGCGAUGGACCGUGCUUGUGUGAUUCCUGGGUCUUUUGUGGGAAUCGGGAGGCUUGCGGGCAGAAAUUCGGCGAGUGCUGGUUGAAGAAACAAAAGGACACCUUGGCCCCAGAGCGGCAAGAUAUGGGGCAAAAAGUUAUUUGGACUUCUGGGCUCAUAUUUGGAAAAGGAGAGGGCAUUGUUGGUUUGGAAACGGAAUAUGGCACUCUUCAUAUAAAACUUUUUCCCGACUGUGCCCCUCAUUCUGUGUUGUACAUUCUUGAGUUGUUGACAUUGCGCCAUUGUGCGGGUUGCAAGUUUUAUCGAGCAGAGACCCGAGGUCACUCUUGGGAUUCAGAUGGAAACCACAUAAAAAAUACUCCUUUUGGCCCGCCUUUUGCACUGAUUCAAGGAACACUGGAACCCCUAGGAACCACAUUCAAGAGGAUUCCAACAGAGGCUUGCCCAAUCAUAAGAAGGGGUUCGGUUGCAUGGAUUGGUUCCGGCCCAGAGUUUUUCAUAAGCCUUGCAAACCACCAGGAGUGGAAAAACGCAUACACUGUGUUUGGUUCUGUUCUUCCGGAAGACAUGGAGAUUGCUGAAAGAAUUGCUCAGCUCCCUUCCAAACCAGAUGUUUGGAACAACAUCAACGUGUCGGUCAUGGAAAAGCCCGUUUCAUUGUCGCUUCGAAGAAUCAAGACAAGUAAUGGAGAUCUGAACAGAAAUGUAGGAUCAAAUUGAAAUUAUACCAAUGUUAAAUUGUAUCAUACAUUGUUUGCAAUUUUCUUUUUAUUUUUCCCCUGCAUAUUUCUUAUAUAGGAUGUGGGAACUGUAUCAGCAUUUGUUUCUACAAGUAAUAACAAAAUCUCUUGCCUUAUUAACAUUUAUCCCGCUUGUUGUGGGAGCUUAGGCACAUGAGAUAAAAGUUCUGUAUUGAAAUCUUUGUUCCAAACUUUGUACAUGCAUUCUAGAGGAAUACAAAUUGGAAGGAUUGUUAUA